AUGGACAAAUCGAUCUUAAAGGAUGCUAUUUUGUCUCAAGAAGUGAGUCAUCUAAUGGGCUAGGUUCCACCUUUGAUUGAGUAGGUAGGAACAACUCUCUUCCAGGAGAUAAAUUAAAGUCUUUCAAUUGAUGAGUGUUGUCAGUUUGUUUCGCUUUCUAAAAAAAUAAGGAAGGAUUAGAAGAUUUAAGAUAAAUUGAAUAAAUCCAACAAGAAAAAUCCAAGAGGAUGUAGAGGAUCAAAGAGAAAUUGA